AUGUCCCUGUUCGGCGAUGACGACGUGCCGUCGCGCUCCAAGCCGUCGGCCGGCCUCUUCGACGACGACGACCAGAAGGCGGCGGGCAAGUCGAGCAGCGGCCUGUUUGACGACGGCUUCGACGCCAACGACUCGCCAUGGGCGUUCCCGACCCCCAAGAAAGGCGACCGCGGCUCGCUGGUCAAGUCGCUGCUGCCCGCCUCGGACGUGCCCGACGCCUACAUCGACGCCUUCGACGCCCUGCUCCAUGCAGCGGACGGCGCUGGCGGCAGCAGCAUCAGCAUGGACGACGUCAGGAAGCUCCUGAGCGCGAGCGGGCUGCCGAGCGACACACAGUCCCAGAUCCUGGACGUGGUAGCGCAGCCUGGCCAGGGCGCCGCGGGACUGGGCCGGAAUGAGUUCAACGUGCUCUUCGCACUCGUGGGCCUCGCGCAGGAAGGCGACGACGUCACGCUCGACAGCGUGGACGAGCGCAAGCGCAACCUCCCCACGCCGUCCGUACCGCUGCCCAACGCGUCCAGGCCCGAACCACCGGCGCCCGCGCCGCAAGAGCAGCCACCCCCCACGCCGCCCAUGCCGCGGCCGCUCCCCGACCAGCACACACCGAGCCCGGGCAGGUCGCGCGCGCCCUUCCGCAAGCAGUCCUUUGGCGACCCGGAGGCAGAUCCCUGGGGCAGCCCGGACCUGCACAACGGACACAACCACAACAGCUACCCCUCGGUGCCUGCACAAACAAACGGCACCACCCCUCAUCCCACUCCGCGCACAACGAGCCAGUUCACGACACACUCUGCGACCGACCAGACCACGCCGCAGGCUGCUGCUCCACCUCCCAGCUCACUCCCCAGUGACGGUGGCUGGGGCGGCUAUGGCGGAGGCUCCAGCGCGCCAUACAGCGCUCCAGAUCUCAGCUCGGGCGGCUUCCAGGACGCGCCAGCAGGUCACCACGGCGGUGCUAGCGCCCCGUCUGGACUGAGCGGCUCCCUCGGUCGGCUUCCAGGCGGAUCUGGCAACGAAGAGAUCAUUACCAUCACCGCCAUCGCCGAGAAGGAAGGCCUGUUCAUGUUCCAACACCGCAACUACGAAGUCGGGAGCAACCGCCGUGCGAACAAGGUCGUCCGCAGAUACAGUGACUUUGUCUGGUUACUCGACUGCCUGCACAAGCGCUUUCCCUUUAGGCAGCUGCCUCUGUUACCUCCCAAGAGAGUCGGCAUCAAUGGCAACCCUAUAGCCGCUGAUGCGAGCUUCCUCGAGAAACGAAGGAAAGGCUUGGUCCGCUUUACAAAUGCGCUUGUUCGCCACCCUGUUCUUGCGCAAGAGCAGCUCGUCGUCAUGUUUCUCACAGUACCUACCGAGCUCUCCGUCUGGCGAAAACAGGCGAACCUGUCCGUUCAAGAAGAAUUCACCGGCAAGACUCUGCCGCCAGACCUCGAGGACUCUCUCCCCAAGACCCUCCCCGAACUCAGCGAUACAGUCCGGUCGGGUGUGCGUCGAAGCGCGGAAACCUACAUCCACCUCUGCAGCAUGAUGGAGCGACUCACAAGACGCAACGAAGGUAUGGCUGCUGAAUACCUCCGCUUCUCGCAAGCCCUCGGCUCCCUUACAGAAAUCUCACAAGAGACGUACGCUGUUGAUACCAAUGACGUCCCGCUGCUGAACGAGGGCCUGAAGUCGACAGCUAGACAUUUGGAUCAGUCGAAACAGCUGCUCGAAGACGAGGCACGGGGAUGGGAGGAAGGUGUGCUCGAGGAUCUCAAGAGGCAACGAGACGCACUGGUCAGUCUACGGGACAUGUUUGAUCGCCGGGACAAGUAUGCAAAGGACAACAUCCCAGCGCUUGAGAGGCGGAUAGCCAACAACGAGACGAAGCUGCAGAACAUCAGAAACAAGCCAGCCGAGUUGAUCAAGCCCGGCGAAGCGGAGAAGGUGGAAGACGCCAUUUCCAGGGACAAGGACUCGAUCGUCCAACAACACGCCCGCGGCGUUUUCAUCAAGGAAUGCAUACGCGACGAACUCGUCUACUUCCAAAAGAGCCAGUACCACGUCUCGCGGCUCCACCAGGAAUGGAGUCAAGAGCGCGUCAAGUAUGCGGAGCUGCAGGCAGACAACUGGAGAGCGUUGAGCGAGGAGGUGGAGAGCAUGCCUACAGCGGACUAG